UUUAUAUUGCCCAUUCAUUUCUCAGAGUGGGAAACACUCACACGAAAUAACAAGGUCGGUGUAACACGACUCGUGUUUAUUUCUGAGCUGGAUUGAAUUUCUGUCUUUGUGAUAACCCAGCUUCUCCGAUAAGAUGCCCACCACCUUGAAGGAGGGUGUCUGUCCUCUUUGUAAGUUAGUUUGUCACGUCAACUUAUCAAAUUCUGAAAUCCAGGAACGUGAAUUCCUCCUAAAGUCGGGAGUUUGCCUAAUAUUCCAAAAAUUGGGAUCAAAUUUCACCUGGUCGUCGACUACUUGGGCGAAAUGGAAGACAACCUGUGACCCGUGCUACCGUCUUAUCGGCGAAAUCGUUGACUUGGACAAGGUCGUGAAAGAGACGGAAGAAAAGAUAUGCCAGAAAGUGGGAUGGAUUUCGAAACUGAUUGAAGGAAAUGAUGCAGGAAGCAGCCAAGAAAUUCGACAUACUGAAGGGGCGACGACCUCCUUUUAUGACAUCGCAUUGACCGAAUUUGAAAUAAAACCAGAACCAUUCGAUGAAGAUGACCAUAAUUUCACUUCAUUUGGAGACGAUGAUAACGGGGUGAUGAAAACUGGUCUUCCAUACGAUGAUAAUGAUAACCUCCCACCAGAAGCAGUACCUACCAUUAAACGAAGGCGUAAAAGAAAAGUGCCCUUCAACCCCGAUAUCAAUACGGACACUGUAAAGUCCUCGAAACGGAUUAAAUCUAGACGAUCAUCAUCACAAGAAGAACCACCUUCUGAUCCGGCUGCUGAAAUUCGCAUAGAAAACAUAUCAGGAAGAAGUACUUUUAAAAAUCGUCACACUCUUCGAUUACCCACGAUUUCGAAAUCGCUUACAAAUCAGAAAUACUCAAAAAACUCAGAAUUGCACCUUAUUUUACAUGACUUUGUCAAAUUGCUACCCUCCAAAGUCAAGAGACGUCUCGGUUCAUUGGAAAAUUGCAAAUUUAGUGUUCUUGAACCACAAAAACAGGCAAAGAUUGCAGACCGAAUUUACAAUGAUGACGACGAUAAAGACGAAGAUUUUGUUCCUGACGGAUUUCCGUCAUCUAACGGGAGUGAAAAUGAUGACGAUGAUAACGACGAAUGGGAACAAGAUGUCAAACCCAAACCUAAGUUGGCGACAGGACAAAUACGGAGGAACAGAGCUAAGUACAAGAUUCAUAAGAUUCCGGAAAUGGAUUACGCCAAGCUAACCUGUCUCACUGUGGUGGAAGGGAAGACGUUUUUUCUCCACCACGAGUUCAAGAACUAUGCAGGGGAGAGGUUCAAAUGUGGAUUUCCAUUGUGUUCGUACACCCAAAAUCAUGAAGAUAAUAACGACAUGAUGGAUCACAUUCGACAAGUCCACUUUAAAGAACUCGAGCUUGCGAAACCAGCCCUCUCUGAGCACAUGAGGUGUCGCCAGUGCGUCCUCUGUCCGUCCACUCUUGGCCUCCUGACCAUCGCUGAGUACCGGAAACACGUAAAAUCCACCCACUCGGAUACAUUUGACCCGAACGACCCCAGCUUUUUCCUCGCCACGUGUCCCACCUGUGCCAAACGGUUUGCCAACGUGAGCUCCUUAUUCAUCCACAACUGGACACAUUACUCCCCCCUCCAAACUAAAGCAUUGGUCGCGCAAGGCUUCACAGAUCAGACGGAACGGAGACGGAUAAAGAAUUCUACAUCGUAUGCCAAAAUAACUGGUAAAAGUUCCAGUCAAAUUACAACUACAACUUCCGGUCCGAAACGUGACAAAAAACUUGAUAACGACAAAUCAGCGACGACACCUCUGAUUAAAAGACCGGAAGUCGAUUUCGCCACGUUGACCGGAUUUACGGUCGUGGGAGAAAGUAAGUAUUUCCUACAGCACGAGUUUAAACCGGAGGGGACACAGUUAAGGUGUGGAUUCCCAAACUGUUAUCAUGUUGACGACGACGACAAAAUGAUGAACCACGUGAGAGAGGUGCAUUUUAAAGAGAUCAAGGAUUUACAGCCAGCGUUCGGUGGACAAACAAAGUGUCGCCAGUGCGUCAUCUGUCCGUCUCCUUCGAGUCUCCGAAAUGUUUCCGACCACCGAAAACAUAUGAAGUCCACCCACCCAGAAUUCUAUAAAAGGGACGAUCCCGACUUUUAUAUCGCGUCGUGUCCCACCUGUUUCAAGCAGUUUACCACUCGGGUCACCUUCUACUCGCACUUGUGGAGUCACUACUCCCCCCUCCAAGUCCAAGCCCUCAUCUCGCAAGGAUUCCCAGACCCUAGGGAACACCGUCGGGAAGUUUAUGAAAAAUGGCACUGCAAGAAAGUUGGGAUACCUUUGUACCAGAGAAAGACUCAAGGCGUGACAAAAGAACCUGUUAAAUUGGACGAUGAAGACCAAGAUGAAGAACCGAAUAAACCGAAAAAUCAGGACAAAAUUCCGGAAAAUGAUUUCACUUCGGUCUCCUCUCUAACUCUGGUCAAUGGGAAGAAGUACUUUCUCCAUCAUGAAUUCGUCCCAGAUUCCUGGGGGCGAUUAACGUGUGGAUUUCCAAACUGUGAAUUCGUCAAUGUCGAGAACCAGAGUGACGACGAAGCCGACAACAGAAUGAUGGACCACGUUAGAGACACGCAUUUCAAAACAUUAGCAGCUCAAGUGUUAUCCACCGAAGCCAAAAAAUGCCGCGUCUGCCCACACUGUCCACCCACCCACCCGACGCCGCCCCUCCUCAGCUUGACCGAGUACCGCAAACACGUGAAAUCCACCCACCCCACUCACUUUUUACCCCUGACUGACCCCUCCCUCUCGCUCACCUCGUGCCCCACGUGCUACGCCCCAUUUGCCACGCUGCACUCCUAUUUGGUCCACACAUGGUCGCACUACUCUCCCGCCGAAGUUGCCGCGCUGCACGCGCAAGGCUUCCAAGAACCGAAAUCUACCACGAGACCGGGGCAUUUUCCGUGCCCCCUGUGCAGCAAGAUUUUGCGCUUCAAACAAGGCCUCCAAUCCCACAUGGAGACUCACGUUCAGAAAAAAGACCGGCCAAAAUUCCUCUGUGACAUUUGCGGGAUAGAAAUGACUACUGAGCGAGGCGUAAAUUUACACAAAGUGCGUCACGAUCCUGCCAAUAUGAUCCACAAGUGGAAAUUUUGUCCCAUCUGUGACAAAAAGUGUUUAACACCGGCGGCCGUCCGAUAUCACAUGGCGCGCUGUCACGGUACGUAUGACGAGAGGGAGUUCAUCUGUGAAAAGUGUGGGUUAAAAUUCCCCACAAAGUUUGACCUCAAGAAGCACACAGUUUCCCACAAUCCGCCCGAUUGGAGACCGUUUGCAUGCUAUGUGACGGGAUGCGAGGAGGCGUACCGCUAUCCCAAGAAUUUGGAGAGACAUGUAAUCGCGACGCAUGGGGAGGAGUGUGUACGGAAAAAGGUGCGCCCAGUCUUGGCAAUGGACCGGCCGGUGCAGGGGUGCAAGCAAAUGUACCCGUGUGAACUGUGUGACAAGGUGUUUGAGCUCAAGUCGCGGUUGACGAAACAUAUGAAGAUUGGGACUCAUCAGAGUAGAAAUAGCACGAGGAGGCGAACGAUGACGACGGCGACGACGAAAGGAGGGCGUUGUGGGGGGAAAAGGAAGAAGAAAAACAGAAAUAACGACACCACAGAUGAGGAGGACGAGGACGAUGAUGGCGUCGUCGUAGAGGAAAUCGUGACGUCGGAGGAUCUAGAAUUUCCACAAGGUGACGACGAACAGGAAUACGAGAUUGAAGAAUUGAAUAGGACAAAAAUAUUUUUGAGGUUUUAAACCAUCCCGUGAUUUAAAAAAUACUAUUUUCAAUUUCAAAAAUAAAAACAUGAUAUUAAAUAUUUAA